AUGUCAGGCCGAGAAAAGUAUACUGAAGAUUUAGCUAAACUGACUUGUGAAAUUUCUAUAAAACAAAAAUUAAUAGAAGAAUUAGAAUUGAGUCAGCAGAGGCUUCAAACUUUACGCCAGAAUUAUGAAGAGAAGUUAAUUCAGCUGCAAAUGAAAAUACGUGAAACAGAAAUUGAGAGAGAUAAACGAAUUGUGGGUGAAGAUGGCACAGAACAGAUUAAUGAUAUGUUUCAUGAAAAUACAAUGCUGCAGGCAGAAAAUAACAAUCUCAGGACAAGAAUCAAAGCGCUCCAGGAGACUAUAGAAAGGUUAACAGCUCGUAACACUGAACUUCUAGCUGAGAAAGCAAGUGGACAAUGGAUAGAACCUGGUGAUACAAAUUCAAAAUCUGAAAUCACACAAAUGAUACAAGGUUACUUAAAAGAAAUUGAAGAACUUAGGGCUAAACUAAUGGAAUCAGAAGAAACGUGUUCACAGUUAAGGAAACAAAGUCAAAGGCCUAAAACAUUAUUUCCAUUGAGUCCUCAUGCAGCAACUGUUGCAGUAUCUGGCCAAUAUGCAAUAACACCAUAUACUGAUGGUAAUGUAGAUGAUGUUCUAAUGGAAGCAAAAACAGAAGUAUAAAAACUAAUUGAAUGCUCAAAAACAUUAAAAGAAAAAAGUGAAGAAGAAGAAAAUGAUGAUAAAUUAGAAGAAAAUGAAGAAAAAGAGA